GUGCCCAAGGUUGGAAACCAGGAAGAGAGAGGCAAGUAAGAGAAGGUCCCCUUCUUUCGCUUCCCUUGCCACCCUCCUCACAAAAACAGGAGAGAGUUCCUCAACCUCUUUACCCCCAACUUCAUCACUAAUUAUCUGAAAUGGCCCCACCUGAAGUGCCCGUCGAUGUGUUUAAUGGAUCUGGAGCUGGAAAGGUGACCACCCUCAAUGGAGGGGGUUACUCUAAGAGGGCAUAUGUGACAUUCUUGGCGGGAACGGGGGACUAUUAUAAGGGAGUUGUGGGACUGGCCAAGGGGUUGAGAAAGGCCAAAAGUGCCUACCCUCUGGUUGUGGCUAUCUUGCCUGAUGUGCCUGAGGAGCACAGACAAAUUCUGACUUCUCAAGGGUGCAUAGUUAGAGAGAUUGAGCCCAUCUACCCACCUGAUAACCAAAUCCAAUUUGCCAUGGCUUACUAUGUCAUCAACUACUCCAAGCUUCGCAUUUUUGAUUUUGAGGAGUAUAGCAAGAUGGUUUACUUGGACGCGGACAUUCAAGUGUUCGACAAUAUCGACCAUCUGUUUGAUACCCCUGACGGCUACUUCUACGCUGUCAUGGACUGCUUCUGUGAGAAGACAUGGAGCCACACCAAGCAGUACUCCAUCGGUUACUGCCAGCAGUGCCCCGACAAGGUCAAGUGGCCCAUCGACGACCAGCGGUUCGGGAACCCCCCACCUCUGUAUUUCAACGCCGGCAUGUUCGUUUACGAGCCCAGCAAGCUCACCUAUGACUCCCUCCUCGAAACCCUCCAGAUAACCCCACCAACACCCUUCGCCGAACAGGACUUCCUGAACAUGUUCUUCCAACAUACUUACAAGCCCAUCCCCCUGAUCUACAACCUGGUGCUCGCCAUGUUGUGGCGCCACCCCGAGAAUGUGGAGCUCGAAAACGUCAAGGUCGUCCACUACUGCGCUGCCGGCUCUAAGCCAUGGAGGUACACAGGCAAGGAGGCAAACAUGGAGAGGGAAGACAUCAAAAUGCUAGUCCAAAAGUGGUGGGAUAUCUACGAUGAUGAAUCUCUGGACUUCAAGGAAGAGGACUCAAUCCCAGAGGCUGAGAGCUUGAGCAAGCCAUCAAUCAUGGCUUCAAUGCCAGAACCAGCUAUCUCCUUCAUCCCUGCCCCCUCUGCUGCUUAAGAUGCCAUAACCAUCAUCUCGUUAUCCUUGGAUCUCAACUCUCCACCUUCAUCUCUACCCCAUGUGUGAUCAAGCUGUUAGGCUGCAACAUAGCUAAAUCCUUAGUGUGUUUAAUCUCACCAGUAUAUAAUUCUGAAGACUUUGUAUUUUGAGGUGGUUGUAAUUACCAUUUGGAAUUUAAAAGUCUUUUAUAUUAAAAUAAUUACUUCUCUUUAGAA